UGAAGGAAGGACCCCUGAAAAUUCUACUUUCAGAACGCGGGCUAAUGUAAACCUUAAAAAGGAAAGUGUUUAACAAAAGUUUUCAUGCAAAUAAAAAUCCAAGUGGGGAGCUCGAAACACAUGCGGAGUUAACGUUGUGUCGCUGCUGUUUCGACACAGAAGAGUGAAGUGUUUCUUCUGAGCUGGUAAAAACUAGCUGGCUAAUUUAGCUAAGAGCUAAAGCUGCUACAGCUGCGCAGUUUCGUUUCACAGAAAACACGAAAACACUCUGACACUAACUAGAUACUGUAACCUAAGCUGUGUUUUCCUGCCAUAAUAUAUCUUGGAAAGUGGAAUGGGCCGACUAUACAAAACUUUUAUAGCUGACUGCUGCUAACUACAACAUAACCACAGAGCCAUGAUGAAGAGACGAGUCGAAGCAGCACCACUACAGGGGGCGAAGAGGCCACAUGAUGACAGCAGCUCAGAUGAAGAGUCGCAGUUAUCCAGACAAGACUCGAGCCAAAAUGACUCCCUCAGUGACCAGGAGGACCAGAGACCAGGGUUCUCCAUGCCCUCUGUAAUAGCUGACGACCCGGACAAUGACCCCACUCAAAAUGAUGCCUCCUCUGAUUUCACUAUGUACAACAGUGUGUCACAGAAACUCAUGGCCAAGAUGGGUUUCCGUGAGGGUUCAGGUUUGGGAAAGUUUGGCCAGGGACGCAAAGAGAUCAUUGAGGCCUCUACCCAGCGAGGGAGAAGGGGUCUCGGUCUCACACUGCAGGGCUUCCAGGGGGAGCUCAGUGUCGACUGGCGCGACGAACCAGAGCCCACGGCCUUACAAAAGGUAGACUGGUUCCCAGAAUGCACUACAGAGAACCCAGAUGCCACUGAGCUGAGAGACUGGAUGAAAAUGGGGCCGAGAAAACUUAAGAUUGAGGAUGAAACAGAGUUUUGCACUGAAGAUCUCCUGCACACUCUUCUAAGGUGCAAGACAGUAUUCGAUAACCUGGAGGGCGAGGAGAUGAGGAGAGCACGGACACGCUCUAACCCUUACGAGACGAUCAGAGGAGGUAUCUUCCUCAACAGAGCCGCUAUGAAAAUGUCCAACAUCGACCAUUGCUUCGACCAAAUGUUUACCAACCCUAAGGAUUCACAAGGGAAACCUCUGACAAAGGACCGCGAGGGCGAGCUGCUGUACUUCGGUGACGUCUGUGCGGGGCCUGGAGGCUUCUCAGAGUACAUACUGUGGAGGAGGCGCUGGCACGCCAAGGGGUUUGGCAUGACGCUGAAAGGACCCUGUGACUUCAAACUGGAAGAUUUCUUUGCGGCUCCAAGUGAGCUGUUUGAGCCUUACUACGGUGAGGGAGGGGUGGAUGGGGACGGAGACAUCACUCGGCCAGAAAACAUCACCGCCUUCCGAAAUUUCGUCCUGGAGAGCACAGAGAGAAGAGGCAUGCACUUCCUCAUGGCAGAUGGGGGUUUCUCUGUGGAAGGCCAGGAAAACAUCCAGGAGAUCCUGAGCAAACAGCUGCUGCUCUGUCAGUUCCUCACUGCUAUCUCCACACUCAGGACAGGUGGUCACUUUGUCUGCAAGACCUUUGACCUCUUCACUCCCUUCAGUGUGGGUUUGAUCUACCUGCUCUACCUCUCCUUCGACAGGAUCUCUCUCUUCAAACCCAUCACCAGCAGGCCGGCCAACUCCGAGAGGUACGUAGUGUGCCGUGGUCUGAAGCCCGGCGCAGACGCCAUCAGAGAAUACAUGUUCAGAGUCAACCUGAAACUGAACCAGCUGAGGAACACAGACACUGACGUCACGGAGGUGGUUCCUCUGAGCCUCAUCAAGGAAGACACAGACUUCUACCAGUUCAUGGUCAACUCCAACGAGAGCCUCUGUGUGGUCCAGAUCAAGGCCCUGGCUAAGAUCCACGCCUUCGUUGUAGACCAGACUCUUUCUGAGACGAGACAGGCAGAGAUUAGGAAGGAGUGCCUGAAACUGUGGGGGGUCCCAGACAAGGCCAGAGUCACCCCUACUUCCUCAGACCCAAAGUCAAAGUUCUACGAGCUGGUAAAGAACUCAGAUGUGGAGUCAUUCCAGACAAAGCUCACACCUCUCAACUCCACUUCACUCGAGAAGUUGCGUCACAUCCUUGACCACAGGUGCAUUGUGGGAGGUGGAGAGCAGAUCUUCCUUCUUUCGCUAGGGAAGUCUCAGAUAUACAUAUGGGAGGGGAAGCUGCCAGUGCGCUGGAGGAAACUGGAGAGUUUCAAGCUGGAACUGCCAAGAGAUACACUUCUGAGUGUGGAGAUCGUCCAAGAACUAAAGGGCGAGGGCAAAGCCCAGCGGAGAAUCAACGCAGUUCAUGUGAUGGAUGCUCUGAUACUGAAUGGCACUGACGUGAGAGAUCGGCACUUCAACCAACGGAUCCAGAUGGCUGAGAAGUUUGUCAAAGCAGUGGCCAAGCCCAGCCGACCAGACAUGAACCCUAUCAGAGUGAAGGAGGUCUACAGGCUGGAGGAAAUGGAGAAGAUCUUUGUCAGACUAGAGAUGAAGGUGACGAAGAGUUCAGGAGGAAUCCCACGUCUGUCCUACACGGGCAGAGACGACCGACACUUCCUUCCCACCGGCCUUUACGUCGUGAAGACUGUCAAUGAGCCCUGGACGAUGGCGUACAGCAAAAACUCCAAAAUGAAGUUCUUCUUCAACAAGACCACCAAGGACUCCACCUAUGAAAUGCCAGCCAACGCUGCUGCUCCCUUCAGUGUUUGCCACGCUGAGCGGUACUUCUGGGCCUGGGUGGACGGGGUCAUAGUCCACGACUCUCAGACACGGAUGGACCCCGAGAAGCUGUCCAAAGAUGAUGUUCUGUCCUUCGUCCACCAGAACCACCAGCCCUGAAACGCUUACAGAACCCUGGAGCUUCACUGGCUGCAAACUACACAGAGAACGCACUACCAUGUGGAGAAUGUAGAGUCUUGAUUGAUUUUAUUUCGACAGUUAAAGAGGGAUUCAUAAAAUACUACCAAUUCAAUAAAUCCACCAAUGCAUUGAUGAGAGCUAUCAUAAACUUUUAGUUUUUUAUAAAUCCCUGUUUUUGUUGUCCAAGUAAAUAUCAAUCAGUAAGUUGUUUUAUAACCAUUGUUAAGGCCCGCUUGUUACUAUAUAUUACGCAGCGUAUGGAAAUGAUUAACAGGUUGUAACUGGAGUUCUGGGGCUCAGGGGAGGAACUGUUUGCUGCUAUUUCCAGCAGUGACUUUUGGACCGUGUGUAAGCAACGAACAUUCGACAAACCACUCUUUCCUUUUUGCCUUUUUCCACUGCCCUUGGCUCUAUGGAUAGUAACGAAUAGGUCUCCCUUCAUAGGAGAAAAUGGAGACAAAAAGCUGCUGCAAGGAUCCCUCCAUUAGAUUGCAUGUCCCUGUAGAUCAAGUUUUUUACACUUAUGUCCAUACAUUGCAUGUGUGUGUGUGUGUGUGUGUUCACGUGUGUGUGUGUGGGGGUGGGUGUGGGUGGGUGUGGGUGCAUACAUCACAUUAGCUUUGACAAGAGAGAUGCACCUGCUAUUUUGAAAAAUGCUAGAUAGAGUUACUGCUGUUAAACUAUGCAUCCAUAUCUGUCGCGCUUGCCUUGUUCUACAACUGCUCAACCUCUCAUCUCCAUGGAGACUAUAUCUCACACCAACAGGCCCCUUGUAAUCACUCAUGCAAAACUGUAGCUUAAGCCCAAAUACGGCAAUCAUUUUCCGACUUAUUUUCACCAUUUUGUUCAAGUUCGUAAGAGUUAUAGAUGUAACAUUUCUCGUUCAUACAUUGUCUAUCCCCUGUUUGUUUGAGUGUGUUUGUUAAACAGUUGGAAGGGGUCCUGUUAGGUUUUAGGCUUUUACUCCGUCUCCCCUUUGUUAUUGUGCCUCAUAUCGCCUGGACUGUGUUCUUCUUAAAUACUGCAAAUGACUUAUUUUUGUUCUUGUAAAGUUAGCUAUGAAUCCCCAUGAUGUAAAUAACUAUGUAGUAAAUAAAUGGGUGAAGAUGCUCUUCCCAAAAAUAACUU